AUUGAGCAUUCCUGUGAGGAUGAGUGUCAGUUUCAAAUAUUGGGAUGAUUGUGCUGAUCCCGAGGACUUGGAAGCAAUGUGGAACCACCCUGAUGUGAGAACCGAGUGGGAAGAUGCUGGAGAGACUAAAGGGUUAAGAGUUCACUUAUUAAGGGAUCCUGAUGGACAGCCUUAUUUGACACAAACAGAGAUGAGGGCUGUGGCUGAAAUCGUUACACGUAGACAAUUCGAUUCACAGGUAGAUCCGGAGAUGAUUUGUGCUAUUGCGGAACUAGAAAGUGACAGACAGCCUCUUGCAGCACGAUAUGAUAAGAAAAACAAUCUGAUUACAAUAGGACUCAUUCAAUUAGACCCUAAAGUAGCUGAGUGGAUUGUCAGAGUUAGGACUGAAGAGUUUGUCGUCAGAGCAUAUAGAGGUGGUAGUGCAAGAAAAGCAAAUCAUAAAUCAACCCUGCCUCUUUGGAAGGGUUAUCUGCUAGUGAAAGAACGUUUUCAAUCAAGAAAACAUUUUGAUGGUCCUUUGCAUAUUGAAGUACCAACUUCGCCAACUUCACCAGCUUCACCGUCUAAGGGCGAUGACCUAUAUUGGGACAUUAGAGUUUCCUCUGAAGACAUGGAACUGAUGUGGAAUCAUCUUGAUGUCUUCAAGGAAUGGACUAAAUCUAAGGAAAUUAGGGGAAAUGUGCGGUUUUCCUGUGAUAGAGAGAAGAGACCUUAUCUUUCUCGAGUAGAACUGAGGGCAAUUGCAGAAAUAAUUGUUUCCAAGUACUUCAGUACGAGGGGAAUAAAUCCUGCAGUACUUUGUGCUCUGGCCGAUAUUGUUAGCAAUCGCUUUAUAGACGGGAACGAAUCAUCAACUGGACUAAUGGGAAUUGACUACUCUACUGCUUUCUGGCUUUACACAGAGAUGCGCUAUAGGGCUUAUCGAGUUGAUUAUGUAGGAGAUCUGACGAAUCCGUUUGCGUCCAUGUAUUUUGGAGCGGCGUAUUUGGCUUGGUUAUCAGAGUAUGAAGGAAGGGGAAGGAGUCUGCAAUUCAUCUUUGAGGCUUACGUUUAUGGUCCAAAAAGUGUACAUCUUGAAGAGACGUGUCCGAAGUGGCUUAAAUUUGAGCAAAUUUUGACCCGUUAUGAACGAACAAUAAGCCGUCAAGGGAGCUGCAACAUCAUUUAA